UUGCUUUGACGUAUGUCAUUCGUACGCAUUUGAGGUUAGUAGAUGCGUACGUGUGAUUGAGCCCCCUUGUGUUGUGAAGACAACGAGUUUGCCCCUACUAAUGUCAGAAAACAACAGAGCAGAAGAAAUUCUGAAAGGUUUUCAAGUAAAUUGGAUUUGUCUGCGCGACGCCGACGGCGGCACGAUUUUCUGGCAAGGUUCUGAAGAUUUGAGCUAUCCAAACGUAGAACAUGAAGCUCACGUACCUAAAAACAUCCUCAAAUGUCGUGCAGUAUCUCGAGAGUUUAAUUUUAGUUCCAAAGAGCAAAUCGAAAAGUUUCGUCUGGAGCAGAAAGUACUGUUUAAAGGACGGUGCCUCGAAGAGUGGUACUUUGAAUUUGGUUUUGUUAUGCCAGAAUCGACAAAUACAUGGCAAUCGAUCAUGGAAGCGGCGCCAGAAUCGGAAAUGAUGCCGGCAUCCGUCCUAAAUGGCAACGUUGUCAUCGAAACUAAGUUCUACGACGACGAUCUACUUAUUUCCACGUCAAGAGUGAGAUUAUUCUAUGUUUAAAAUGCAAUAACACCACAUAAGGGACCAUUUUGUGUUUGUGGCCUAUUGUUGCGUAAAUUGCUUUUGUUACCUUUUAUUUUGUGAUAAUACACGCAUUUACUUUAAUACACUUUCCAAUAAAA